AUGGGCGCCGCCGCCUCCCGGAGGAGGGCGCUGCGGAGCGAGGCCAUGUCCUCCGUGGCGGCCAAAGUGCGAGCCGCCCGAGCUUUCGGCGAGUACCUGUCCCAGAGUCACCCUGAGAACCGGAACGGUGCAGACCACCUGCUGGCUGACGCCUACUCUGGCCACGACGGGUCCCCCGAGAUGCAGCCAGCCCCCCAGAACAAGCGCCGCCUCUCCCUCGUCUCCAACGGCCGCUACGAAGGCAGCCUCUCCGAGGAAGCGGUCAUUGGGAAGCCAGCCGGAGAGGGUCCCCAGCCCCGUGUGUACACCAUCUCCGGGGAGCCCGCCCUGUUGCCCAGCCCGGAGGCCGAGGCCAUUGAGCUGGCGGUGGUCAAGGGGCGGCGGCACCGGGAGCACCCCCACCACCACAGCCAGGCCCUUCGCGCCAGCUGUGAGGACGUCAGCACCCCCUGUCAGAACUGGGCCGGCAGCCACCAGUGCUCCAAGGAAUGUCCGGGGUGCGCCCCGCUGGCCCCCGGCCCCUCCCCUCGGGCCUUUGGGCUGGACCAGCCCCCUGUGCCCCAGCCCACCAGUCGCCGCAAGAAGCUGGAGAGGAUGUACAGUGUGGACCGUGUGUCUGACGACACUCACACCCCUAUCCGCACCUGGUUCCCCAAGGAAAACCUCUUUAGCUUCCAGACGGCAACCACGACUAUGCAAGCCAUCUCGGUGUUCAGGGGCUACGCGGAGAGGAAGCGCCGGAAGCGGGAGAAUGAGUCUGCGUCUGUAAUCCAGAGGAACUUCCGAAAACACCUACGCAUGGUCGGCAGCCGGAGGGUGAAGGCCCAGACGUUCGCAGAGCGGCGCGAGCGGAGCUUCAGCCGGUCCUGGAGCGACCCCACCCCCAUGAAAGCCGACACUUCCCACGACUCCCGAGACAGUAGUGACCUGCAGAGCUCACACUGCACUUUGGACGAGACUUUCGAGGACCUGGACUGGGAGACUGAGAAGGGCCUGGAGGCGGUGGCCUGUGACACUGAGGGCUUCUUGCCGCCCAAGGUCAUGCUCAUCUCCUCCAAGGUGCCCAAGGCUGAGUACAUCCCCACCAUCAUCCGCAGGGACGACCCCUCCAUCAUCCCCAUUCUCUACGACCACGAGCACGCCACCUUCGACGACAUCCUGGAGGAGAUAGAGAAGAAGCUGAACAUCUACCACAAGGGUGCCAAGAUCUGGAAGAUGCUCAUAUUCUGCCAGGGUGGCCCAGGACACCUAUACCUGCUCAAGAACAAGGUGGCCACCUUUGCCAAAGUGGGGAAGGAGGAAGACAUGAUCCACUUCUGGAAGCGGUUGAGCCGCUUGAUGAGCAAAGUGAACCCAGAGCCGAACAUCGUCCACAUCAUGGGCUGCUACAUUUUGGGGAACCCCAACGGGGAGAAGCUGUUCCAGAAUCUCAGGACCCUCAUGACCCCUUACAGGGUCAUCUUUGAGUCCCCCCUGGAGCUGUCAGCCCAAGGGAAGCAGAUGAUCGAGACCUACUUCGACUUCCGGCUGUACCGCCUGUGGAAGAGCCGCCAGCACUCGAAGCUGCUGGACUUCGAGGACGUGCUGUGAGGGCGCCGCCGCCGCCGGGCCGGGCCGAGCCCGGUCCUGG